AUGGGAACAUCUGGACGCAUUCUCGGCGUUUACGCCCACGCCAACGUCUCGACGAAACGAUGCCAGCAGCGACACCUCUCCUUGUCAUCCUUGAACCCCUUCAGCAAACGUCCUGCGGUUCCACAACCCUAUCAAGUCGCUGCUAUCUCCAAGGCAGAGGCGGAUGCGGAUGCGAAUCCUCAUGACGUGGAAAAACAGCUGGCCUUAUAUCAGGCAUUAGCGUCGUUACGAGUGAAGCCAGCGUACGACACAAUCAUCGCGAGAUGGGAGCGUAUGUGCGAGUUCGAUCCUCAAUCACCUUUACUUAAAUCCGACCCCGCUUUUGAGCUUUACCUUGAUGCCCUUGUCGAAACCGGUCUUGCGUCCUCGGUAAACGCUGCUGUUCGCAGACGAGAGACUCUACUGGCAUCGGCUGGAUCAUCCGCGAUCUCUGCUACGGAACCCCCUUCUGUGGAUGCUUCUUCUUCUCCAGCUUCCGCCCCCGUCACCAUUGCAACAUCGUCUCCGGCUCCGGCUCCAGCUUUCACUCCAACUGCGAGCUCUCUCAUUGCCAACAAGGUUCUACUUGGCAAGGUUUCAUCUCCAGGACAAGCUCUCUCUCCGUCUGUUGCGGCUCUCGUCGGUGGGGGUGCAGGCAUCCCUGGUAAUCCCAUCCACGUUACCAUCGACGGCCCGAAAGGAAACACCUGGCUCCCUGGCGUAAUCCGGUACAUCGUCACCACCCUCACCCUUGGCUUCUUCGUGCUCGUCGUCUUCUCCGUCCUGAUGGAAAAUUCGGGGCUGCUGAAGGCUGGCCCGAAGCCGUCUGAGUUUGAGCCGUUGGAAGGCAAGACGGUCAAGUUUGCGGACGUACAAGGGGUGGACGAAGCGAAGGAUGAGCUCAAGGACAUCGUGGAGUUCUUGAAGGAUCCGAACGCGUUCAACUCUCUUGGCGGCAAGCUGCCCAAGGGUGUGCUCCUUACUGGCCCUCCCGGUACUGGUAAGACCAUGCUUGCAAGAGCUGUCGCUGGAGAAGCUGGCGUACCAUUUCUGUUCGCCUCCGGGUCGGAAUUUGACGAGAUGUUUGUCGGUGUCGGUGCUAAACGCGUCCGCGACCUGUUCGCCAAAGCCCGCCAGAAACAGCCUGCGAUUAUCUUUAUCGACGAGCUGGACGCGAUAGGCGGCAAACGCUCCCACCGCGAUUCUCAGUACGUGAAGCAGACGUUGAACCAGCUUCUGGUCGAGAUGGAUGGCUUCGAGCAGAGCGAGGGUAUCAUCGUCAUCGCGGCGACGAACUUCCCGGAGAGCUUGGACCAGGCCCUCGUACGACCCGGGCGCUUUGAUAGGCAUGUCGCGGUCCCGCUGCCCGAUAUUCGUGGUCGGAUUCAGAUUCUCAAGACAUACAUGAAGGAGGUCGUGACUUCUGACAAUGUCGACGUGUCCGUCCUUGCCCGAGGCACACCCGGAUUCUCCGGCGCCGAGCUAAAGAACAUGGUCAACCUCGCAGCCAUUCAAGCUUCGAAGGAACGUUCCAAAGAGGUUACAUUGAAACAUUUCGAAUGGGCUAAGGAUCGGAUUACUAUGGGCGCCGAGCGACGGAGCACGUACAUCUCCGACGAGGUCAAGAAGAUGACCGCCUAUCAUGAGGGCGGGCAUGCAUUAGUGGCGCUGUAUACUCCUGGUGCUAUGCCGCUGCACAAGGUCACCUGUAUGCCGCGAGGACAUGCUCUCGGUAUUACUAGUCAAUUACCGCAGGACGACAGAUACUCUGUUUCUAUGAAGGAGUAUCUUGCCGAGAUCGAUGUCUGCAUGGGCGGUCGCCUCGCCGAGGAGCUCAUAUACGGACCUGAGAAUGUGACCAGUGGAUGCACGUCUGACCUCGCGCACGCGACCCAAGUUGCGCAGAAUAUGGUACGCCGUUUCGGCAUGUCGAAGACGGUGGGCCCGGUGUAUUUCGACGAGAACAUGGCAAUAAGCACAGAGAAGAGGCUGGAGAUUGAGUCCGAAACCCGGAACAUUCUUGUGGCCGGAGAACAGCGCGUGAUGAAGCUCCUGAAGGAACGAGAAGAUGAACUACACAGACUGGCACAUGCAUUGGUCGAGCACGAGACCAUGGAUCUCCAGGAGGUGCAAAAAGUGAUCAAGGGCGAACCGAUACGAAACAUCAAGGAAGUCAUCGAAGAGGAGAUGGCCAAGCCUGCGCCAUAG